AUGAAAAAAGACUUUGAGCCUUUCGCUCACAAAGGUAUAUUGGAGUUCGUUGGUGAGUUGGAGGGUAUAUGUCCCGCGACCACGGAGUUUAAGGAUUUCUUUGCAAAACUGAAAGAUUACAUAGAUUUUUGCUUUAAAACGACAUCAUCCGGAUUAAUAGACACUCAGGUCGAGAUGUCAAGGAAAACUAAGCAGCUCUCCAAGGCUAUGUCUGCAUUGACUAAAGAUGGAACAUCAGUGUAUUACUGGAAUAUGGUAAGUAGCGUGGGUUCAAUGGGAAAGUUUAUUGCUGAUGAGAGGACGAAAAGCAGUUCGAAGGAGAUGCCUUUGGAACAACAAAACCAAUUGUAUAGGCAUAUAGUAGGAUGGAUUGUACACAUCGGUCGAUUUGCGAAGGAGGCCUCCGAGAUGAAAGGCAAAACUAUAGAUCUAUCACCUUUUCGUAUUAAUUCUAACGAAUCUGAUUAUAAUAUUUCUGUUUUUCAAAGAUCUGCCAAUAAAACACAAGGAUCAUUCUCAUUACCCCUCUACUUGGAAAACUUCCCCAAAAUGAGGAAAGAUUUUGAGCCUUUCGCUUACAAAGGUAUGUUAGAUUUCGUGACUGACCUAGAGGUUAAGUGCCUCGCAAGCGCGGAGUUCAAGGGUUUCUUUGCAAAGCUGAAUGAUUACAUGGCCGGCUAUAAGUUAGCAUCAUCCGGUUCAGAUAUAGUACGCAUUGGUUCAGAUGUAGUACCCCUUCCGAUCGAGAUGGAAACUAGAACUAUGAAACUCUAUGUAGCUAUGUCUGCAUUGAAUGGUACUAAAGGCGGAACAUUGGAUCCGUGGAGGCUUAUGGAUGCCUUAUCGUCAAUGGGACAUUUUUUUGUUGUGAUGAAGAAGAACGGCUCGAAGGAGAUAACGUUUGAAGAAAGGAGAGAACUGACGUGGACUAUGGUGAGAUGGGCUCGAGCAGUAAGUUUAUUCGUGAAAACGGCCUCUGAGAAGAAAGGAGUAUCUAUUGAUAUAUCAUCUUUUGAAAAUUAUUACAACUCCAAUGUAUUAAUUCCUUCUAAAGUAGCUAGCGAUAAAACCGGAAGAGGUCAUCGUAAUGUCCCCAAAGACACAUCUGCAAACAACAGGUCAAACUCAACUAAACCUAAAUGA